AUGGCAGGAGGUAUAUAUCCUGCCCUCAAGGGCAAUUCCAACCUUGAUACUAUCUACCUUAACAUCACGAUUGGACCCAACUCAUACUCCCAAAAGGAUGUCAUCAUCGACCUUGUUCCAUCCCAACCAAACCACUCCUACGAGAACUACUUCAUAAUUCUCGACUCGGAAUCAGCUCCUCAAACCAACAUCACAUUUAAUAGUCUUACUUUCACCAAUGGCUCACAGGUCAUCUUGUCUAUGCAGAACAACAUUAACAUUGUGCUGAACAACAUAACUUUUUCUGGAAUUGUGGUCGUUGCCGACAGUUUGAUAACUGUCUUUCCUGGCUUUAGCCCAUGCUCGGACCCCGGUAGUCUUGGACCAUCACUGACAAUCAAUGGUGGAGGGAUGAUCAACUGUAGUUCUGAGUAUGGAACAGAUAUGAUCAGCACUCAAGGCAAAGUAUCGUUAAACCAAACCGAGUUUAUUGGUAAUGAAGUCAACAACCUCUGGUCCCAUAUCAAUUGGCCCGUCUCCAUCUUUGGCUCUACUUUCAUGAUAUUUCUUUAUGGGGGUUUGUUUAGCAUUGAUCAAACUCUGUUUGAUGCCAAUGACAAAUUUACAAUGUUGCUCUCUAUCUCUGGUGGCUAUAAUAGUAGCAUCAAUGUGUCCAUCACCGACACCACCUUCUCCAACUCCAUCUUCCCAGAAUAUUCGUCAAGCGAUGGUGACAUGGUGUGGAUUGCCUGCAGCAACUUGACAAUGGAAGGCUGCAAAUUCAUCAACAAUACAGUUGCUACUACUGAGCUGUACCUGGACCAGUCCAUCACCCUCCCUCUCCAAUAUCGAGUUUGGAAGUGUGAAUGGUGGACGAGCCAUUCAGUGUCAAUCCGGACAUCUGACAUUGAUCAACAUCAUCAACCAUAUUGGCAGACGUCUGUU